AUGGAUUUGAGUGUAACUCCUGAGUUACAAGCGGAGCUCAGUUCAUGGUGCAAAGAAGAGUUGAUAGAUGAAAAGCAUGCCAUUUUGCUCGUAGGGGUUCUGGUUGAGGUUGAUGUGGCCCAAAUCGAAAAUGUAGCACAAAAGGUGAAAGUUUGGGGAAGAGUACGGGUAAGAGCUACUAAAGAGGGAGUUAGCCCUGAGAUGUUAAACGUGCUAUGUGAGUGUAGAGAAACUAUUAAACCUGAGUCUGUCCCGCCUGUAUUAUUACCUGAGGAGGGUGGGGAGCCAUGGAAGGUUUUAAUAGUGGCAGAGGGUGACACUUCAUCUGAUGAGUUUGCCGAGAAAUUAGCUGUAUUUCUUGCAAAUGAAGGAAAGUCUAUGCUAGAGUUACAAGCUCUGUUUGCUCCUCCUGGUCCUGAUGCUGGUUCACCAGAGUCAAUAAUUAGAGCUGUGGGAGACCUGUUAGACAAAACUGGCAGACAAACCACUGAUAGUAGUGCAUAUAGAAGAUUACGUACCUUUUCUGGUUCUCUUCCUACACCUUCAGGAGAAGAGACGAUGGAAAACUGGAUGGACCAAGCACGUAUGAUGAUCACAGAGUGUGAGUGCUCUGAGAAAGAAAAGAGAAGGAGAAUUGUGGAGAGUUUAAAAGGACCUGCUCUUGAUAUUGUGAAAGCAGUAAGACUUUCUUGUCCAGAUGCUAAUGCGCAACAGUACAUCGAGGCAUUAGAGAGUACAUUCGGAACUUCUGAAUCAGGUGAAGAUUUGUACUUUGCGUUUCGUCUUCUUCGCCAGCAUUCAGGUGAAGCCCUCUCAGAUUUCCUUCGUAGAUAG